CCGUGAAUGCGCAGCUCUGUUUUACGCGCAAAGCGCACCAUCACUUUCCCGUUGUGUACUGAUCCGAAACUGUUCUGUAUGUACUGUACCGAUGUGUCUGAACACCAGGACAUGCGGGAAUAAACAUGGAAACGUAGGAGCUCUUGCUUUUAAAACAAGACACGAAUGGGGUACUGUGGAGACAGACUGCGGUUCAAGAUAUCUGAUGGGAGAUGUGUGCCACCAGCAAGACCGUCUUGACCAGUGACCCUUAAGACGACCAGUGCAUCCACUCACCCAUCUGAAGUUCACCCACGGCCCUCGACUCAUCCAUCCAGCUUCACUUUCACAUCAUCUCCCUCACAAGAGUCGCUAGAAUGUCAAAUUCAAACAUCUUUAUCCAUUACAAUUACACCGGCAGGCUGAACAAUCGGAACACCAGUCCUAUGGACCCAAAAACGGCCGUGUUUUUGGUCAUCUGCAGCCUUAUUGUUUUGGAGAACCUGAUCGUAUUGGUGGCCAUUUGGAAGAACCAUAAAUUUCACAACCGCAUGUAUUUUUUCAUCGCUAACAUGGCUCUGUGCGACCUGCUGGCCGGUGUGGCCUACAUAGUCAAUCUUCUGAUGUCAGGCCAUCACACGUGGCACCUGUCCCUGACCCAGUGGUUUGUGCGUGAAGGGAGCAUGUUCGUAGCUCUUGGCGCCUCCAUCUUCAGCCUCCUGGCGAUCGCUAUCGAGCGACACCUCACCAUGAUAAAAAUGAGGCCGUACGACGCCAACAAAAACUACAGGGUGUUUCUGUUAAUAGGGACGUGUUGGUUGAUCGCCAUCACCCUCGGAGCUCUGCCCAUUUUGGGCUGGAAUUGUCUGGGAAACCUUCCGGAGUGCUCCACCAUCUUACCGCUCUACAGCAGAAACUAUGUUGCGUUCUGCAUCACCGUUUUCAUUUCUCUGCUGUUGGCCAUGUCCGUGCUGUACGCCCGGAUUUACAUCCUGGUCAAGAGCAGCAGCCGCAAAGUCACCAAGCACAGCAACUCUGAGCGCUCCAUGGCCCUCCUCCGUACCGUGUGCAUCGUGGUGGGUGUCUUCAUCAUCUGCUGGAUGCCCGUCUUCACGCUCCUCCUUAUCGACGUGGCCUGCGGACACAAGAGUUGCCCCAUCCUCCUUAAAGCCGAUUGGUUCAUUGCCCUGGCCGUUCUGAAUUCCGCCAUGAAUCCGGUGAUUUACACACUAGCCAGUAGAGAAAUGCGUCGGGCGUUUUAUAAGCUGGUGUGCGGCUGUGUGGUGGACGACGGUGCGACGGGGUGUAAACAGAACACGGACCCCAGCAGAAGCAAGACCAGUUCAAACUGCCAAAGAGCGGCUGAACAAGACGAGCCAGAAAACCAACCGGUCAGCGCCAACAAGAGUUAAAG